AUGCAGAGCAGUGCACAUGUUGGCUUCAUUUCCAAUGAAGAUCUUCAUGAUAGUCUGACAAAGUUCUGGCAGUUAGAGGAGGUAUCCUUUAAUUAUACAAUGACUGGGUCAGACAAAGCAUGUGAGGAUCAUUUCAUUGCAAAUGUAGCUAGAAUUGAGAAUGGGCAGUUUGAGGUGGCUUUGCCAUUUUUAAAUAACCAUAUAGAUAAGCUGGGGUCGUCAUUCGCUGUUGCUAAAUAUAGAUUUUUGAACCUGGAGAGGCGGUUUGCCAGGGAUAGUGUCUUGUUCACAGCCUACUCUAUUUUUAUUAAAGCUUACAUCGACUUAGGUCAUGCUGAGGAGAUGAUGCUGACACUGGAGGAAGCUGCUAAGAAUAAACACUAUUUCUUGCCGCAUCAUCCAGUGGUCAAAGAUAAUAACUUUGACAAAAUUAGGGUAGUGUUUGACGCAUCGGCCAAGUCAACUUCAGGCAUCUCCUUAAAUAAUAUUCUGCACACAGGACCGAAGCUGCAACAAGAUUUAUUUUCUUGUUAUUAUUCUUAUUAUUAUUAUAAAAAUGUAUCGGCAAAUAAGAGUCAGGGAAGCAGACCAAAAUUAUCAAAUUAUCCUAUGGAGAGAAACACCCCAGGACACCUUAAAAUUCUUUAA